CGAGCUUUAAAUCUGGGUAGAGCUAUUCGACGGAUAUGCCAUUGACUCAUAUAGAGGCUUGGCUCCUGAUACGUUCAUACAAUUAUCCAACUUCCGAGACUGCUCGAUAAUAAGAUCGUUACGCAGCUCAUUUUCCUAUUCGACGUUAUCCUGGCAAACCUCUUAUACGACUUAUCUAAGAGAAGUUAUCCUGAACUUAGAAUCAAUUCAUCAACUCAAUUCGCCACAUAUUGGUUUCCUGUAUAGAUAAGACCGAAAGAAUUGAUUCUCCCAAGAUGGAACCAACAACAAGUGAAGGAGAGACAGGCCAACCUCAUCAUCAGGAAACACCUUCACUACCAGAAAACUCAGCCAACACUGGACAUAGUGAGCAAACAGUCACCACCGACUCUCACACAAAGCCAACAGAUAAUGUGCCCCUUACAGAGGGCUCAACUAUUCCUCAAAAACGGCCUGCGGAUGACGAAGCCGCCGAGCCUAUGUCCAAGAACGCUCUGAAGCGUUUGAGAAAACAGCAGCAAUGGGAAGCCGGAAAAGAGGAGCGCAAGCAGAAGCGAAAGGAUAGCCGAGUCGCACGCAAAGUCCGCAAGCGUGAAGAAAGGGCAGCGCUUAUCGCCCAGGGCAUUGAUCCAAACGCCAAUAAGCAGCAGAAACCUCCUUCAGUUAACGUGCCUGUCACACUCAUCUUCGACUGUGACUUUGAGCAGUACAUGCGUGAGAAGGAGCUCAUUUCACUCGGCAGCCAAAUCACCAGGUCAUACUCAGAGAACAAAAAUGCGAGAUAUCGCACACACAUCUUCGUUUCGGGUUGGAAUGGAAAACUGGCUGAGCGGUUCCACCAGAUCCUCGAUGACAAACACAAGAACUGGAAAGGGAUUGACUUUGUGGACGGAGAUUUUAUCGAGUGUGCGAAGCAGGCUCGGGAGAAGAUGAAGGACCCAAGUGACCACAUGGUCGAUCAACUCCAGAGGAGCUUGGACAACAAAAUCCCAUGGGCGAGGGACGAAAAGGACCCUCUCCCCUUGCCUGAUCCCGAGCCAGAGCCCUCUCCUGAAUACCAGGACAUCGUUUACCUAUCAUCAGACUCACCUUACACACUCGAACGCCUCGAGCCCAACACAAGCUAUGUCAUCGGCGGCCUCGUCGACAAGAACCGUGAAAAGGGGCUGUGCUACAAACGAGCAAGGGAACGUGGCAUCCGAACGGCUCGGCUGCCUAUCGGCCAGUACAUGGUGAUGCAGAGCCGGACGGUUCUAGCGACAAACCACGUCGUCGAGAUCAUGCUAAAGUGGCUUGAGUAUGAGAACUGGGGCGAUGCAUUUUUGAGUGUCAUCCCUAAGCGCAAGGGCGGUCACUUAAGAGACCAGAUGGGCGAUUCAGGUGAGGCAGAAGAAGCUGAGGGGGCAGUGGUCGAGGAGGUUGAGGAGGAGGAUCAAGAGAUCAAGGACCCUGAUGCUGAGGAGACCACUCCUCAAACCAAUACCCCUGAAGUCGAAGCUCCCUCAAAGUAGAAACAUCUGUAUUAUUGCCGUGCUGCGCCAGCCAGUUCCAAAAGCAAAUAC